AUGGCCCGCAUCAAUGACCUCAAUGCUCACGAGCGCCCUCCCGAGUCCAUAAGACAGCGAUACAAGAAAUACCAGAAGUCAACGACUGCAGAGAUACAGCAGGAUGUCGGAAUCAUCGAUCUCCAGACCCUAGAUCCCCAUGACCUGCCCACGGGCAUUGCGCUCUCUCAAUGGAUGUCUGGUGAAGAUCUUCGGCCUGCCUUCCGAGAAUUUAUGCCAGCGGACAAUGGGAAAAACGAGGAUGGGCUGCAUACUGUUCAAGAUAUACCUAUAUACACACAUAAAUCCGUUUCCGGUCUGCAAAUUAUCCCGUCGCUAUUCCCACCGGCUCUCCAGAAAGAACUAUUGUCACGUUUACUGCACCGCGAUGUAUCUAAUCCGGACCACCUAUCCAAUAUCCAUUUGCACUACGAUGUCACAUAUCCCCGGCCGGUGGACAAAGAUGAAACACAGUCCGAGAGUAGUUCAGUAGACACUCGCACCCUGUCCUUCUUCGAAGACGACCAGAACCGCCUGAUAUACCCCAAAGACGCAACAGUGCACAAGCCGCUCGCUGUCAAGGAUAUCCUGAAUAAGAAGCUCCGGUGGAUCACCCUUGGGGGCCAGUACAACUGGACGACCAAAGAAUACCCAGAAGAGCACCCUCCAGUCUUCCCGGAGGAUAUAGCCAAUUUGCUGCGCGCGUCCUUUCCCAAGACAGAUGCUCAGGCAGCGAUUUUGAAUUUCUAUACCCCGGGAGACACCUUGAGCCCCCAUCGUGAUGUCAGUGAGGAAUGCGACGUGGGUCUAAUCAGUAUCAGCUUUGGCUGCGAUGGCUUGUUCCUGAUCAGCCAUGACGAUGGCACUGGCUGCGACAUCAUUCGACUCCGCUCCGGAGACGCUGUGUAUAUGGAUGGUACAUCCCGUUUUGCGUGGCACGCAGUCCCCAAGAUCAUUCCUGAUACUUGUCCAGACUGGCUGGCGGAUUGGCCGGUAUGCUCUGACGAGCAGGAUUCAUCACAUUAUAACACCUGGAAGGGUUGGAUGUCACGGAAGAGAAUCAAUCUGAACGUCCGGCAGAUGGCCUCAUGA